AUCAUAUGUUCGCAUGAUCGGCCGGCAGCCUGGAGCGAGUGAUUGUGAUGCUCCACGGGAAAAACAAGCAAAUUAGCAAACUCUAACUAAUUUUCACAAAAUUCUCUGUAUAUUAAGUAAUGUUACAUAGCUGAAGAAGCUAUGUUGAGAAUAAUUGGCAAUCGAAUCGGGCUUCUCCUUGCACGAAGCUCAGCAAAAGCUGUUGUUGGGACGACUGCACCAGCGGAGCAUAUUUGUGCGUGCUCACCAAUAGUAAACAAACAAUACAGCAAUGCGUCUUCAGUUUCGAGCAGACAACCACAAGCGUGGAAAAUGCCUCCACCAUCUCUGACAGACUUGCUUAUCCCGAUUUACCGAACGCCCGUUGUGCCCAAAAAUUUGCCUGUCAGUGUGCCGUUAGUUCCCAUUUCGACUCCCGGCACUGAGAAGGAUGAAAUUCAAGCUGCAAGACUUAUUGUUAUAAGGAGGCACAAGAUGAAGAAACACAAGAGGAAGAAGUUGAGGAAAAGGAUGAAAUUUGAAUGGGCAAAACUCCGGUUCCGAAGAGAAACUAAGAAAGAGAAGGAGUUCCAAGAUGGAUUAAUAAAAAAAGUAGAUGAAGCUCAUGAAUUUGACGCCGAAAAUUAUGUUCAGGAGAAGCUUAGGAAACUCAAGUUGAGCGGAAAACUGUAGCUGUUGCGAAAUUGUCGUGUGAAUUAAAAUAAUUUACAGUAAGAAA